AAGCUAGAAAUUGAAAAACAAAUUGACAACUUAAAUUGUCCGACCAAAACUCAUCAUAUUCAUAGUGCUCUUUCGUGUAAAAUUAGCGCUGAAAUUUAUUUAGCACAUAUUAUUUUUUAUUCACAAGCAAAUUUGUAUACAUAAUAAAUUUAAAAUGGGUGAUGAUUUCGAACCAAUGGAGCCUAGCUUGCGCAACAUCGUCGAUCAAACGUCACUGAAAUGGAUUUUUGUAGGAGGAAAGGGAGGUGUGGGUAAAACGACGUGCAGUUGCAGUCUUGCGGUACAAAUGUCCAAAGUGCGGGAAUCGGUGUUAAUCAUUUCCACAGAUCCCGCACAUAAUAUUUCAGAUGCAUUCGAUCAGAAAUUCACAAAAGUGCCAACAAAGGUUAAUGGCUUCACAAAUUUAUAUGCAAUGGAAAUUGAUCCAAAUGCUGGACUCAACGAAUUGCCGGAUGAGUAUUUUGAGGGCGAAAAUGAAGGACUGCACUUAAGCAAAGGUGUGCUACAUGAAGUUAUCAAUGCACUUCCAGGCAUAGAUGAAGCAAUGAGUUAUGCGGAAGUAAUGAAACUUGUCAAAGCAAUGAACUUUUCGGUGGUAAUUUUUGAUACAGCGCCAACGGGGCACACACUACGUCUACUCUCCUUUCCGCAGGUCGUUGAGAAGGGUUUGGGCAAAUUAUUGCGAUUGAAAAUGAAAAUAGCGCCAUUCAUCUCACAAUUCGGCAACAUCCUAGGCAUGUCAGACUUUAAUGCAGACUCUUUAACGCAAAAGCUCGAUGAAAUGCUAAAAGUUAUAAGACAAGUUAAUGAACAAUUUAGAAAUCCGGAUCAAGCCACUUUCGUUUGCGUUUGUAUCGCUGAAUUCCUUUCGCUAUACGAAACUGAACGUCUUGUACAGGAGCUGACUAAAUGUGGGAUAGACACACACAACAUCAUAGUCAAUCAGUUGCUAUUCAAGAAACAAAACCAAGAACCAUGCGCCAUGUGCGCGUCACGAUAUAAGAUACAAGAAAAAUACCUUGACCAAAUUGCUGAUCUCUAUGAAGAUUUCCACGUUACAAAAUUACCAUUGCUCGAGAAGGAAGUUCGUGGUGUUGAAAAUAUUAAAAACUUUUCUGAAAACCUGGUAAAACCUUAUAGUCCGAAUUGAUUUCAAGAUCAACAACUAAUGUAUGUCCCGGUAUGCAAGCAACGAAGUUCAGAUUUUGAGUGCAUUUGAAUUUAUCACAAAGUAUAAGGAUAAUAAAAAUGUUCGCUGAUCACAACUGUAUUCCAAACUAUAUAUGUAGUACUUUGAUAUUCUCAGCAAUAAACUUUAAAAUGAAUCCGCAA